GUGGGCGCUAGACCAGCCUGACCGACGCCCACCCGGUUCCCUGCCGGGUGCCUACCGGCUUCGUGUCUGACUGGUCUGCAGCCCCGAGUCCUUGCCGGCUUCUCCACUCCCCGCCCCCGGCUCCAGCCUUCUCCCGUCUGGGCCGGUCUCCGGCUUCCAUCUCCCACCCUGAGCGGGUACUCGUUCCCCGCCUGCUGUCCUCCAAGGGUCCCUUUCUGAGCCCCGGCCCCAUGGCUCUUCAGGCUUUGCAGAGCUCGGGGGUGGCCUUUCGCAAGAUCCUGUCUCACUUCCCCGAGGAGCUGAGCCUGGCUUUCGCCUACGGCUCGGGGGUGUACCGCCAGGCGGGACCCAGCUCAGACCAGAAGAAUGCCAUGCUGGACUUCGUGUUCACUGUCGAUGACCCUGUUGCAUGGCAUUCAAAAAACCUGAAGAAAAAUUGGAACCAUUACUCUUUCCUAAAAGUUUUGGGGCCCAGGUUUAUCACCACUGUCCAGAAUAACUACGGCGCCGGGGUUUACUACAACCCAUUGAUCAUGUGUGAUGGGAGGCUUAUCAAAUAUGGCAUCAUUAGCACUAGUGUUUUGAUUGAAGAUCUCCUCAACUGGAAUAACUUAUACAUUGCUGGACGACUCCAAAAACCGGUGAAAAUCGUAGCAAUGAAUGAGAAUGUCACUCUCAGGUCAGCCCUGGAUAAAAAUCUGAAGAGUGCUGUGACCGCUGCUUUCCUCAUGCUCCCCGAAAGCUUUUCUGAGGAAGACCUGUUUAUAGAGAUUGCCAGACUCUCAUAUUCAGGUGACUUUCGGAUGGUGGUCGGAGAGGAUAAGGCAAAAGUGUUGAAUAUUGUGAAGCCCAACAUAGCCCACUUUCGUGAGCUCUACGGCAGCAUUUUACAGGAGAAUCCCCAAGUGGUGUAUAAAAUCCAGCAAGGCAGCCUGGAGAUCGAUAAAAGCCCAGAAGGACAGUUCACUCAGCUAAUGACAUUGCCCAAAACCUUACAGCAACAAAUAAAUCAUAUUAUGGACCCUCCUGGAAAAAACAGAGAUGUGGAAGAAACUUUAUUACAAGUGGCUCACGACCCCGACUGUGGAGACGUGGUGCGUCUAGGGCUCUCAGCAAUCGUGAGGCCUUCCAGUAUGAGACAGAGCACCAAAGGCAUUUUCACUGCUGCAGUGAGAUUCCUCGUGGUGUUGGGAGUGGUCCCUUUAUUCUCAUUGCAACUCAUGCAUCGUCUGACUAGAGCACGGUUCAUCCAUUCUACUGUUGAUGAUUUCCCGGGUUGUUUCCAGUUUGGGGCUAUUUCAAAGAGUCCUGCUCUGCAUGUUUUGGUACCUGUCUUCAAGUGAGCGUAGGUAUGCAUUUCUGUUAGGUUUUUAGUUACGGGUGGAAUUACUGUAUCAUAAAGUGUGUGAAUGUCCAGCUGUGGUAGAUACUACCUAACAAGUGUCUAGGUUACACUCCAAGCAGCAGAGUUCCUGCUGCAGUACCUCCGUGACCAGUGCUUGAUAGUAGGUCUUUUUCUUUUUAGGCUCUCUCGUAGGUGAGUAGACGUAUCAUAUUGGAGUUUUAACUUACACUUACUUUCCUGAUGACCAAUAAAGUUGAGCAUUUGUUCACAUGCUUACAUGGAUAUCCUCUUUUGUGAAGUGCCUAUUCUACUUCUGCUCAGUUUUCUUUUGAAUUGUCUGCCUUUUUUUUUUUUUUAACACUGAAAUCUCUGUAUAGUGUGGAUACGGGUGCUUCGUUGGACAAGUGGAAUGCAAAAGUCCCCCACUCUGGGGCUUGUCGUCUCACUCUCUUAAUGGUGUCUUUUGUUGAAAAGUUCUUAAUCUUACUUAGUCCAGUUUAUCGGUUUUGUCCUGUAAGGUUAGCAGCUUUUUGUGUCCUGUUUAGGAAAUAUUGCCUACUCCAAGUUCGUGAAGUUUAGUCCUCCACCUUUGUUGCAACUAGAAUAUUAAGGCAGGAUCCUUCCUUCUAACCUCUUGGUUCUUAACCUUUUGAAAAUCCUGGCUCCCAGUGAGACUCUGACUAAAACUCUGGGCCCUCUGCACAGACGUGCACACGUGCGCACACUCAGCAAACCUCCCUGCAGCUUCAGGAAGUUCUCAGACUGAGGCCUGUCUGUGGGCCCCUCGUUGGAGAACCCGUAACCUAGUCCAGCCUGUCAGCUUGCAGAUGAGGAAGUCGAUGCCCAGAGACGGGGAGUCUCCCUGUCCCCAGCGGGGACUAACAUCCCGCUCUCCUGACUCCCAUUCCAGUGCCCUCCCCAGAUCAGUCCCCUCCUGCAGCCAUCCUGAGAAUAUGUCUAUGGCAAAGCUGUCGAAGGGAGAAACUUUUUAAUUAAGGGAGGUUUCUAUCCACUAGCAGCAAAAAAUGGCUCCACGAUGCCGCUCGUGGACUGUGGUGUAUUUACUUUAAACGUUAAGCUCCCCGGAGUCUGUGAGGAAGGUUUGUGAAGCUGAGCUGGGACUCAUUAUGGUCGAUGCCUCUUCCUCUCGCUGUGACUCAGUGCCCUGGGGUUGCCGCGUUGAGCCUUACUGUGUGCAGCUACCUUGGUAUCUUGAUCGGUUCUGCCUGGAAUUUUGAAAAGCACCUUACGUAAUAAGAUUCCAGUCCCAGUGCUCGAGUGGGUGAGGUUUACCAGAGUGGUUGCUCCAGGGAGAAAAUUAAAAGGGGUGGAGGCAGGAAAAGGAGCUCUGAGUUUCUUGACGAGUCUCGGUUUGCAGGAGUCAGUCAGUGGACAAGCAAGGCCACAGCUUCUAGAAGCAUUCACUAAUGACUUUAUCGGUACCCUGCCUUUUUACCUGCCGCUGCCUGCAGUGGCCUUGUAAAAGGUCCUAAGUGCAUGAGGCGGCCUACAGGUAACAUGAUCAGGUAUUUUUGAGAGCGCUUACGCGCCAGUGCUCAGAGCCUCCGGAACCGGUCCUGUUAUACCUCGUGAGCGGUGCCCACACUACAUGUCACACCUGCAGCGCAGACCACGGUCUGGAUCCCAGGGUGAAAAAGACUGUUCGGAUCUUUGGGCCACACCCUGAAACACAGACUGAAUGAUCUCAUCCUCAACACAAAGGAGGUCAAGCCCGUAACACCGUCUGCAAAUAGGAUCCUGUGAGAUCUGACAGACAGCAGCACCCCGCUUAGUCCAUGCCGUUGGACUUCUUUCCCGUAAACCCCCCGAGAGCCUCUCCUCUGGUUUCAUCAGGCACUUGUGACUCAGUAGAUGGGGUGCUGGAAGGGCAGAUGUCUGAACAAGGUGUAUCUGUUCUGUCACUGUAGGUGUUUACUGAGCACCUGCUGUGUGCCGGGUGCUGCACUAGGUGAUGGGGAACCCGGGAUGAAUAGGACAAGGUCCCUGUCCUCAAGGAGCUCCCGGGGUAGGCGGAGGGACAGGAGAGCACUGUGCAGUGUGGUGAGUGCUGAGCUGGGCGUCAGCACAGGUGCCGUGGGACCAGGAGGAACAGUGUCUGAAUUGGCUGGGGAGCCCGGUGCUUCCAGAGGAAAAAUCUGAACGGGAUCUCGGCGUCUACCAGGCAGGGCGUGAUGGGAACGCCCUUCACCGCGGGCAGACCGGCGUCACACGCAGGGACGUGGCAGCAGUGCGCUGGG